CCAUUGCACAAUCGAAUGGCAACUCAAUGUUGAUUGGAUUGCCGGUCAAUAUAUAAACCAGACUCGCCAACAUUUUGUCAUUUGAAGACUUUAGGACUAGGAGAUAUUGUGUUCAACAUGCCUAAACACAAAACAAAACCAGAGACAAGUAAAACAGAGUCGUUGAAAAAGAAAUCGAAAAUGACUUCAAAACAAAGUGAAACGACGUCCCAAUCUGGUGGUGCAACCGUUGGCGAGAUUGAAGAGAAAUACACAUUUUUCUACACCACGAAAUCGCCGUUCAGCCAGCACCAUCCUUCAAAUUUCACCGUAGACGGCGUCAACUAUGUGCAUGCAGAGCAGUACAUGAUGCACCAGAAAGCAGUAUUAUUUGGAGAUGGCCCGACAGCUGAUCAGAUUUUGCUAGAAACCGACCCUAAGGCAAUCAAGAAACUCGGACGGCAGGUGAAGGAUUUCGACGAGCAAAUCUGGAAGGAAAACAGAAGCAAAAUUGUCAAGAAGGGCAGUUAUGCUAAGUUCUCCCAAAACCCAGACUUGAAGGAACAGCUCCUGUCAACAGAGGGCAGUAUUCUGGUUGAAGCCAGCCCCAGAGAUACUAUCUGGGGGAUUGGCAUGGGGGCCAACAAUCCCAAAGCAAAGACCAAGAAAACGUGGAGGGGGUCCAAUUUGCUUGGGUACAUCCUAACCGAAGUCCGAGACCAGUUGAUACAAGAAAGCUCCACAAAGGAGGAAACAAAAUAGUUGUAUAGACUGUUUGCGUUAGCAGCCAUCUUUGAGAAAAAAAAGAACACCCCUCAAAAUGACUGAGUUGCAAAGUACCUAUUACUUACCAACAAAAGAUGUAAGGUUUGGAAAAUUUUCUUGCAUUGGCGUAUAAAUUAUUUUAGGAAUAAUUUGUUGUGGAUGAAACAAUAGACUUUAUGCGUAGCAGCCAUAUUAGAGGGCAAUGCCUUUGUUGGAUGUGAUAUGCUUG